AUGGGUAUCCCGUUCCACUACUUCGAGCAGCAGCAGCAGCUCGAGUGGAGUGUACACAAACUCGACAACCUCGAGUACUAUGAGCUCAACCAGUUCUUCGGCCAACUCGACAUCCUCGCGAGUUUCUUCGACUACCUCGAGCUCGACAACGGCUUCGGCAUCGCCUACCACAGUUAUGGGCGUGACCUUCGGGAUUCAGAACAACACCAUCUACAGUGGCACCAUUUUCAACCUUAUGAGAAAACGAGCCGCAGAUGGUGGUAUCAAUAUCUCAGUCAAUCGGUCCAGCCAGAUGGCAAGGAACGGAACCACUUUGCUCUGGUUGAGAAUCGUCCCGCAAACAUGACCAGCAGUACCUCAUCUGCGCCAUCAUCAACCAUGACAAAGUCUAUGAACAGUACCUCGAGUCACUCGAUGUCCAUGACUGCCAACAGUACUUCGAGUCAUUCUAGUACCUCCAGCCAUUCGUCAACCAAGUCUUCGAACACGACAUCUUCGACUUCAGCUACGCCAACCAACCAUAUCGGAGCACGAACCUGCCAGCAGAUUGCAGCAGCUGGAAGCACCUUUACCGAUUCCAACAAUGUCACGUAUGCUGUCAUCUGCUCCAAGGCCAACAAUACGAUGCUUUUCGAUGAGGCGGCCUUCUCUCGCAGAGCAGCCGGCGAUCUAGCUACUGUCCAAUCAGGAAGCUUCGAAGGCUGUGCUCCUUAUUGCGAUCAAAACUCGCAGUGCGACUCUUACAGCUAUGAUCCUAACAAUGGAACGUGUUACCUGGAGAGCACCAGCAGCGUGGCUCAGCCUGUCGCUGGUAGAGACUAUGCCUACAAGGUCCAGAACACAACAUCUUCAAGCUCAACUUCGACGACUUCGACAACCUCUAGCACUUCCAGCACUUCGAGCUUCGAUAAUCACUGCGUCAGCGACUUCGAGCCCAUCAACCACAUCGUCGUCUUUUUAUCCCUAAGUAGCUCGAGCGCCAGCUCAAGCACCCCGACGUCUAGUACCCCAACAUCGACUUCUUCUUCAGGCACUCCUUCGUCGUCCUCUAGCUCGAGCAAUUCAUCGCCGUCAUCUUCGAGUCCGUCUCCAUCACCGUCGUCCACUCCUAGUUCAUCGUCCUCUCGACCAUCCUCGACGACUUCGAGCUCGUCUUCGACAACUCCUAGCUCAUCGCCAUCUUCGACAUCCUCAAGUACCUCGCCUACAGCUCAAGUGAGGAUUGCAACUCAGGUCCGCGUGGUGGCAGACAAAACCAAAACAGUCAAUAGUGCGGCUCCUGCCAUUCAGACCGUGAUCUCCAUGCAAACCAAGGGUGCCGUCGUCACGUCUUACUCCGUCGUGUCCAGCCAGAGCACCAUCACCGUAGUCGAUACUGCAACGAGCGUGCGAUCUAUCUACACCUCCACCAUUGUAGUGUCAUCUUUGAGACGUUCGACUGUCACCACCGUCCAAAGCGCUCAACCCUCUGUCGUGACCGUUGGCGCCGUAACAGUGACUUCCGAUGUCGUUGUUCCCAGCGGCUAUACCACUGUCACUGCAUCUGGAAGCACCGUCACGCAAAGUAUCGACAGGACUGUUGCUACAGGUGUGGCCACUGUUACAGCUCCGGCAAGUACGGUUACUACAACUGUGGCCACGUACACGGCUAGCGGGUCUUCUACUGUGACUUCGGGGAUCAGCACUGUGACGACGAUGAAUGCUGCUCCCAUGAGUUUCAUGACGGUAUGGGUUAGAGACGAGAGACCUGUUCAGGCUUCUCAAAUUGAGGACAAACAUGAGAAUGAGAAGAAAAGAGAAAGACCUUGGAUUGCCUUUGAUGGUUUGACCGAAAUGUGGAUGUGA